AUGGCACGAGAGCAAUACAAUGACGUGAAGUACAAUGACGUGAGGUACAAUGACGUGAGGUACAAUGACGUGAAGUACAAUGACGUGAAGUACAAUGACGUGAAGUACAAUGACGUGAGGUACAAUGACGUGAGGUACAAUGACAUGAAGUACAAUGACGUGAAGUACAAUGACGGGAAGUACAAUGACGUGAAGUACAAUGACGUGAAGUACAAUGACGUGAAGUACAAUGACGGGAAGUACAAUGACGUGAAGAAGUACAAUGACGGGAAGUACAAUGACGUGAAGUACAAUGACGUGAAGUACAAUGACGGGAAGUACAAUGACGUGAAGUACAAUGACGUGAAGUACAAUGACGAGAAGUACAAUGACGUGAAGUACAAUGACGAGAAGUACAAUGACGUGAAGUACAAUGACGUGAAGUACAAUGACGAGAAGUACAAUGACGUGAAGUACAAUGACGUGAAGUACAAUGACGUGAGGUACAAUGACGUGAAGUACAAUGACGUGAAGUACAAUGACGUGAGGUACAAUGACGUGAAGUACAAUGACGUGAAGUACAAUGACGUGAAGUACAAUGACGUGAAGUACAAUGACGUGAAGUACAAUGACGUGAAGUACAAUGACGUGAAGUACAAUGACGUGAAGUACAAUGACGAUCUAUUAACAAGAUUUGAGCGAUAA